CUAUCUAAAUCUCAAAUCUAAUAAGUAUCUGAGGAACAAAAGGAUAAUGAUCAUCCCAACAUUAUCUAUUUUUGCUUUCUUAGAACUGCUAAUGAUUGAAUCAGCAGGAGGACAGGCUCUGGCAAUGCCUGGUUGUCAAGAGUUUUGUGAGAAUGUCAGCCCUCCAUACCCCUUUGGAAUUGGAGCAGAUUGCUACAUGAACAAAUGGUUUGAGGUCUCCUGCAAUGAAACUUCCACCCCUCCUACAACUCUACUAACCAGCAUAGAAAUUGAGGUGCUGUAUUUCUCUCUUGAUUCAAGCUUAAUUUGUUGCCGUCAAAAUACCAAUAAUCUCCCGGAACUUGUCUACAGAGUUGAAAUCUGUGAAUUUCUCAGGAAGUCCUUUCAUCUUCCCCUUGGGCUCCCCCUUGACCUUAAAGAAUAUGUUACAGAUGUGUUUAACUGGGUGAUUACUGAGGUGGAUACACCACGAUUACCAUACAAAUAUGAUCAUGCAUUUUAUUGUACCCAUUACAAGAAUUAUAUCGUCCAUGGCUUUUCUUCCACUUUAAUGCCCCUAAACACAACUCGACAAUGUCUUUGUGAUCUUGGAUUUCAAGGCAAUCCUUAUCUAACCUUUGGAUGUCAAGGUAUUAGCUUAGCGUUUGGACUAGUAUGUUUACCUAUUGGUACAAGGCAGUUCUCCGUUAAAACUCGUGAGGGAGAGCUUUGCUGCCCGUUGGGUCCUGUUCGGCUUCGGCUCGAAUCCAAAUUAGUCGGUGACCUAAUGGGCUUCCGGAUACCAGUUGAGAAGUCCAAAGUAUUGGACAAAGAGAAAGUUAAAGAGUUCAUCAAUGAGGUGGUCAUUCUUACACAUUAAUCAUAAAAACAUUGUUAAGUUAUUAGGCUGUUGUUUGGAGAUUGAAGUUCCUCUGUUAGUUUAUGAAUUCAUCCCCAAUGGAACACUUUUCCAGUAUAUACAUGAUCAAAAUGAGGCCUUGCCAUUAACCUA